CUGUCUGUAGAGACACCACCCUGCCACUGUCUCUCCGCCUCACUAUUUCACUCCCUCGCCUGAGAAUCAACAGGUCGUCCGCGUGGCGUGUUUGGCCUGGAAGUGCAGCGCAGUAUCGCGCCUGCCACACACGCCGCAGAUCCCAGCACCAGCUCUUCCUCCGCUGCUUCUUCCUGCCUUCUCAUUUCCUUAAAGAAGAGGGACUCUGCUAGCGGGCCACGGGCAGGGGGCUGGGUCUAGCCGACGGCAGUGUGGCUCCCAGGAAAAGAGGCUGCACAGGCGGAACCCCCCAGACGCACAUCGACUUGUGACACCGGCCAUGUGAUGCCCUCCUGACACUUGCCUUCCUGGACAGCAUCGCUCCUUCUGCCCUGCCUACCCAGAGGAACCCCCUGCCAGCAGAAGGAUUCCACAUCCUUCCCCCCAGCCUCCGAAGCGUUCCCUCUCUGCCCACCCGCGUUCAGCUGGCGCCAUGGACCUCACGCUGUGGCAGUACCAGUUCCGGAUCAUCAUGCUGGGGGAUUCCACAGUGGGCAAAUCCUCACUGAUCAAGCGCUACACAGAGGACCAGUUCCUGGAGAGCAUUAACCAGACGGUCGGGGUGGACUUCUAUGUGCACUUCCUGGAGGUUGAGCCGGGCGUGACGAUCAAGCUGCAGUUCUGGGACACGGCCGGACAGGAGCGCUUCAGGUCUGUGACGCGCUCCUAUUACCGGAACUCGGUGGGCGGCCUGCUGGUGUUCGACUUGGGCAACCGGGCAUCCUUCGAGCGCAUACAGGGGUGGUACGACGAGGUGCGGGAGCGAGUGCAGCCGCACAGUGUGCUAUUCGUGCUGGUGGGCAACAAGACGGACCUGGAGGACGAGGGCCUGCGGCAGGUAGGCCGCGAGGAGGCCGAGCUGCUGGCCGGCAAACUGGGCGCGCCCUACGUGGAGGCCUCCGCCAAGGGCGGCGAACGCGUGGCCGAGGCCUUCGAGCUGCUGGCGCGGAGGGUGUACCAGGGCCUGCGCAACGGGGAGGUGCAGAUGCGAGAAGGCUGGGACGGCAUCAAGUGCUCCGCCCCCCGGGCCCUGGAUGCCAAACCAUCUCAGUCCGGGAAGACCUCCUCCGCGGGGAAGAGCUGUAGCUGUUAGCAUGUGGGCAGGCCGAGGUCCGCGCCGGCCCGGGUGGCUCCCCACAAACUCUCCACACACAGGGACCUGUGCUGCUUCACACCACAGCAAACACAGCAGUGUGAUGUGAAAAAUUUGCCAGUAAUAAAAGAAUUUGAUUUAA